GUGACCCGGAUGUUGAAGGUUGUUUUGUUGACAUCAGGGCGAGAGCAGCUGAGGAGAAAGCGAAAGCUUAAUAAAGAAUUAUUCACUUAAUUUAGUCAUUAACAGCGCUUACAGUCACUGUGUCAUCUGCGUGUCGGUGGUGAAGCGUCAGUCAGGCCUCGCCUGCUUCACAUUCCAGAUGCCCGAGGCCUGACUCUCCUCCAACCUCUCCUCCGUCGCCUGUAGGGUGCUUCGCCAUGGCAGCCAAAGCGGGGGACGACCCGGAGAGCCUCAUGUCCCUGUGCACCGUGUUCUGCCUGAAGAACCUCAGAAGAACGAUGUGUUACACGGCCGAGAGGGACAGACUGCGCCUGCGACCCGACGUCUUCUUACCCAGUGAAAUCUGCGAUAAACUCGUUAACGUAUACAUGGAGCUGGUGCACACAGACAGUGGGUUCAAACCCCAGGAGGGCUUCUUCCAGCUCUUCAGAGACCCCCGGAGCACCAGACUGAGCCGGCUGCACCUCAGAGAGAACGUGGUGCAAGACAGAGACCUCGACGCCAUCGGAAAGCAGGACCUAAUCGAGCUCCACUUAACGAGCAAUUACCUGACGGGCAGAAGUCUCCGAACCCUGCGCAACUUUCGGCACUCGCUCGUCUCCCUGAGCCUCUUCGGCUGCUCCAACAUCUUCCGCAAGUCCAGCGACGUGGACGAGGACGACGAGGACGAGGACGGAGAGAGCUGCGACGGCACCAAGUUCACCUUUCAGGGCUUCAGACGGCUUUGCGUGUUGAACUUGGGAGACUUGCCCCACGAGAUGGACGUGGAGGCUCUGCUGAAGCCUCUGGAGUGUCUCCGAGCGCUCGACCUGUCCUCUACCGUCCUGCCCCGCCCGGCCUUCCUCACUCAGUGGAGGGACCAACUGGCCUCGCUCGUGCUCUACAACGUGGACGUGAACGAGGAGCUCAUCGCCACCGUCCUCGGUCUGAGCCGCUUAAGGCACUUGGACAUCUCCCGCGAGAACCAGCGCUCCUUAAAGUUCAAGAUGACGAGGAAGAUCCUCACGAGUAUCGUCCAGAGUUUAGAGAACCUCGUCUCACUGGACAUCUCAGGCCACAUCAUGCUGGACAACUGCACUGUUCCGGCAAUCGAGGAGGCCAUGGGGCGCCCCAGCAUUGAGCCGUGUAAAAGCAGUAUCUAUCCCUUCCAGGACCUGAAGAGGCCUCUGCAGUUUUUGGGCCUGUAUAACACCACACUGUGUAACGUCACACACAUCCCUGCCUACAAGGUGACCGGCUCCAAGAAUGAAGAUCAGGUGCUGAACGCCAUCGAGGCUUACACAGAGUUCCGUCCUGAACUGGCACAUCGAGCCAUCAAUCAGCUCUUCGAUAUCGCCCGGAUACAGCACUGCAGCCAGCUGCUCCGGGCACUACAGUUGGUGAUAGCUGCUCUGAAGUGUCACAAGUAUGACAAGAGCAUCCAGGUGACGGGCAGCGCCGCUCUCUUCUAUCUGACCAACACGGAGUAUCGGAGCGACCAGAGCGUGAGGCUGCGCAGGCAGGUCAUCGAGGUCGUCCUCAACGGGAUGGAGCCGUACCAGGAGGUCACGGUUCAGAGGAACUGCUGCCUGACUCUGUGUAAUUUUAGUAUUCCCGAGGAGCUGGAGUUCCAGUAUCACCGCGUCAAUCUGCUACUGCUGAAGAUCCUGGAGCCUCCACGUCAGGACGAGUCCAUCCAGCGCAUCGCCGUCCAUCUCUGUAACGCUCUCGUCUGCCAGGUGGACAACGACCACAAAGAGGCCGUCGGCAAGAUGGGCUUCGUAAAGACCAUGUUAAACUUAAUACAGAAGAAGCUGCAGGACCGACUGUGUGAUCAGGUGAUGGAGUUCUCAUGGAGCGCGUUAUGGAACAUCACCGACGAAACGCCGGAUAACUGCCAGAUGUUCCUCAGCUGUAAUGGGAUGGACUUGUUCUUGGAGUGCUUAAAGAAGUUUCCAGAUAAACAGGAGCUGCAUCGGAACAUGCUGGGUCUGCUGGGCAACGUGGCCGAGGUCAGGGAGCUCCGACCUCGGCUGCUCACCAGCCAGUUCGUCACAGUCUUCAGCAACCUGCUGGAGAGCAAGGCGGACGGGAUCGAGGUGUCCUACAACGCCUGCGGGGUCCUGUCCCACAUCAUGUUCGACGGGCCCGAGGUGUGGGCCCUGGAGGACCCGAAACGGGAGGAGGUGAUGAAGAACAUGUGGGACGCCAUCCAGAGCUGGGACGUGAAGUCUCAGCGCAACAUCAACUACAGGUCGUUCGAGCCCAUUCUGCGGCUCCUCCCUCAGAGCCAAGCUCCAGUCAGCCAGCACUGGGCGACCUGGGCCCUUUAUAACCUGGUGUCUGUGUAUCCAAAUAAAUACUGUUCAUUAUUAGUAAAGGAAGGUGGAAUUCCUCUGCUGGAAACGGUUCUCCAACUGGAUUCUGCUCAUCAGGAGACCAAGGACAUGGCACGGAAGGUGAUGGAGCAGUGUGAGAACUACAAGGAGGAUCCCAUGGACACCAGCAGGUAAACCCUGAGGACCAGGAAGGAGAUCCUGAUCAUCACAGACUGAUGAGCUAAACUAAGCUAACACUCCCUCCACUCCGGGAUCUGUUUGUUUCUUUCGGCUGUGUGUGUGUGUGUGUGUGUGUGUGUGAGAGAGAGAGACACUUCUCCUGUCAUGAAAUGCCCUGCCACAUCACACUAUGUAGGCAUACGAUCAAAGACAGGAGUGUGUGUGUGUGUGUGUGUGUGUGUGUGUGUGUGUGUGUGUGUGAACAUGAGCAUUGUUCUUAUUAUUUGUUAUUAUUUUUAAGUGUUUAUGCUCUCGUGAAGAAAAACGAACAAGCUGUAAGUUCUCAAGCUUCGGUUUCGGUCUGUGUGUGUUCGGUGUGUGUGUGUGUGUGUGUGUGUGAUAUUAAAGCUAUGCUAGAUCAUACAGAUUGUACCGAUAGUUUAAAUAUCAUAGCAGCGUAACUGGGACGACUGGAUCUCUGACGCCGUUUGGACCCCACACUCGGGGUGCACGGACCUCUGAGGGACGUUUUUUAUGUAACACAGAUGCUCACACACACACGCGCACACACACACACACACACACACACACACACACUGUUGUACAGUUUCGUUCUGCGUGUGUUUGCUCUGUAUGGACGUUUUUACGACGCCGCGUGGACACACGUCUCAUUAUAAACAUUACAGACACAAAUCCUGAUUUUACCGUCUGCACAUGGUUAUUUUAUUUCUUUUUAAGUCGGAUGAUCCUCCGUCUGGUUCUUUUGGCAUUCACAGCGACUCGUUUCACACCGGAGCUGAAGGACACGCCCUAAAGUAUGUGGACAUCCUAUUCCAAAACCACCAGUUAAUAUGGACCCCCUUAUUACAACCCCACCACUUUGCAGCCACAUCAGCCUUCACCUCUUUAGCAAAAGGUUUUGUACUGCGUCUGUGGAAAUUUGUUCCCGUUCAGUCAAACCUGCCACUGAUUUUUCAACCAGGCGUCGUUUUAAUUCAUUCCAAAAGAAGUCUAAGUCUGAGGUUGAGGUCGAGGCUUUUGUGCAGGUAACCAGAGUUCCAUCAGACCAAGGAGAACAGUCAUGCUGGACCAGCAAAGAUCUUCCCCUAACAGUCAUCGUUUUAUUUUUAAGAAUUGAUUUUGUCCACAUAUUUUCGGCCAUAUACUGUGCAAAAAGACAUUAAAACACCUAUACUCAUUUCUUUAUUGUCUUAAUGUUGUUUAAAAAGUUUUAGGCACCCCAGGACUGACUGAACAACAGUAAACGUAACCUUAAACGGUAAAUCCAAAUAUAUAUAAACAAAUAGUAAUGGUGAUAUAGUUCAUUGUGGAUUUUGAGGGAUGAUUUGGAUCAGUAAGCUGCUGUAGUAGCUGGAAGAUUGAAAUUAAAAUGGCCCAGUUAUUAAAAAAGAACACGUUUCUAUCACGUAUGUAGUAAAAGAUCAGAUUUGGGCCUCUUUUAUUUGCAGAAUGAAUGUAGCGUGUAUCAGUGUGAUUAAAAAUUAAUAUUACUGCGUUCAUGUUUCAUGUUGCGAUUGUUUAACCUGCACCAGACGGGUUUGUAUGGAGAUCCGUAUUGCGCACAGCCACGCAUCGAUCUCCGUUAUCCCCCGUCUCUGUGCAGUACCAUCGAUCAGCCAGCAGAGGGAGUAACUGCAGCACUUAUGAGGACGGCCGGAGUUACAGUCGGGAAUUGGAUAUGACUAAAUUGGAAGGCAUAAAGCAGGCCAAAAUUUAAUUUUCCCGAGGGAAUAUACAGUACAUAUAUACACACUAUAUAGCCAAAUGUAUGUGGACACAUAACCAUGAGCUAGUGUUGACCUUCACUUUGCAGAUGUCACAGCCUCAUCUGUUCUGGAAAGGCUUUCCACAACGUUUUGAAGUGUGUCUGUAGGAGGUCUAUAAUUAUUGUUAUAAUUGUUGUUAUACACUGUUAGCAAGGCGUGUGUCUGGAAUUACGAGGCAUGUCCACAUACUUCUGGCCCCGUGCUGCAGAUCCGGUGUGGAACGGUUGACAUCAGAACUCUUUGCGUGUUUAAUGGCAGAACGAUAGUUAUCGUAUUAUUCUGGUAUCUCGGUGUAAUUGCUGAAUUUCUCAUGUUAUCAUUCACAUCAACUAUUCACAGGUUUCAUUUUGAUCAGAAUCAGACUCUGAAAUGAUGCUGCUAGUUUAGGAACGGUUUAUUUUACUGGAUCUGGCGACCUGGUGAGGAUGUAUGAUGGGAAAACAAGCGCACACGUUCACUCAUGGUUGGCAGGGUGUUUUUUUUUUUUUUUUUCAUUCUGAUCCAUAAUAAACAACAAUACAAGGGA